GGCCAUGUUGAAUUUCGUGCAACGCACCAAGGAAAUGUCAGCUGGCGGCUGUCGUAUUAAUUCUUUGUAAAAAAUAUCUUCUGUGAUAAAAUAUCUAGCGGAAUAUUUUUCUGUGAUACAUUAGUAAACACACAUAAACUAAAAUGUCCUUUUGCAAAUUAAUUUGGUAGUGAAAAUUAUGUCAGAAAUUAGUAGACAGUGGCGUGCGAUUUCUCUUGCAUUUGUAUGGUUUGAGACAAGAUGAAAUGCUUUUAUUAAUACGUGUAAAAUACACCUUAGUUCCUUCUGUUAUGGUUUUUAAAGUGUCUAAGUGAUAUUUUCAUUUUAUCAGUGUUUUUUUUCCUCCCAUUGAUUUGGUCCCUCUUACACCUGCUCUGUCAGAACAUUACCUGUAGGUACCUACUUGUGUAAAGGGAUAUCAGGAUUUCGUUCAUCGAAGAAUUCGUAAGAAGACAAAAUGAACGGCUCCGAAUCCGGGUUCAACCCGGCAUUUAACAUAGCCACAAUAAAACAAGUAGUAAAUGAGGCCAUAGAAAGAGUUGCGCCGGUUUCAGUGCGGACACCCACUCCUACUCGACUGCGGGACCUCAUCAGGCAAAUCAGAGCCGUCAGAACUGCGGCUGAAGAGAGAAGUGUGGUUAAUAAGGAGUGCGCGUACAUCAGGUCCACGUUUAGAGAGGAAGACAGCGUUUGGAGAUGUCGGAACAUCGCGAAACUCCUCUACAUUCACAUGCUGGGCUACCCGGCGCACUUCGGGCAGCUCGAGUGCCUGAAGCUCAUCGCCAGCCCGCGGUUCACGGACAAGCGGGUGGGCUACCUCGGCGCCAUGUUGCUGCUCGACGAGCGACAGGACGUCCACCUGCUCAUCACCAACUGUUUGAAGAACGACCUAAAUAGCAACACCCAAUUCGUAGUCGGGCUAGCACUAUGCACGCUCGGUGCCAUCGCUUCUCCAGAGAUGGCGAGGGACCUCGCGUCAGAAGUGGAACGACUCAUCAAAUCUCCAAACGCAUACAUCAAGAAGAAGGCGGCUUUGUGCGCCUUCAGAAUUAUCCGAAGGGUACCGGACCUGAUGGAGAUGUUCCUGCCUGCUACACGGAGCUUGUUGACAGAGAAGAAUCAUGGUGUCCUUAUCACCGGAGUCACGCUUAUCACGGAGAUGUGUGAAAACAGCCCUGAUACGCUCAACCAUUUCAAAAAGGAGAGCGGACAACGGGAGAUUGUUCCUAAUCUGGUGAGGAUAUUGAAGAACCUCAUUUUGGCCGGAUAUUCACCAGAGCAUGAUGUAAGCGGGGUAUCGGAUCCUUUCCUACAGGUGAAAAUCCUACGCCUUCUACGGAUACUGGGCAAGAAUGACGCCGAGGCGUCCGAAGCGAUGAACGAUAUUCUCGCGCAAGUUGCCACCAACACGGAAACAACGAAAAACGUUGGCAACACCAUCUUAUACGAAACCGUACUAUCCAUUAUGGACAUCAAGAGCGAGAGCAGUUUAAGAGUACUUGCCAUCAAUAUAUUGGGAAGGUUUUUGCUGAAUAAUGACAAGAAUAUUCGAUACGUGGCGUUAAAUACGCUGUUGCGGACGGUACAUGUCGACACGUCCGCCGUGCAAAGGCAUCGAAACACUAUUCUCGAGUGUUUAAAGGACCCAGACGUAUCGAUCAGGCGACGCGCGAUGGAACUAUCAUUCGCGCUCGUCAACGGUCAGAACAUACGAAGCAUGAUGAAAGAACUCCUGACAUUUCUGGAGCGAUCGGACCCCGAAUUCAAAGCGCAUUGUUCUAGUGCUAUGGUGUUAGCGGCCGAGAGAUAUGCGCCGUCGAAUAAGUGGCAUUUGGAUACGCUGUUUAGAGUGUUUCUCAAGGCUGGCAACUACCUCCGCGACGACACAGUGUCGAGCACUAUUCAGAUAAUAUCGUCCGCGGCCAGCUCUAGGCAAGCGUACGCGGCCAUGAGGCUCUGGUGUUCUCUAGAACGAUCAGCUGUCGCCGGAGACGCUACUGAGAAACAACCGUUGGUGCAGGUUGCCGCUUGGACUAUUGGAGAAUAUGGCGACCUGUUGGUUUCCGAAGCCAGCGACGCCAUUUCGAUGGUCGAUGAGGAUGGAGUUGACGAAUUCACGCGACCGACGGAAGAGUAUGUCAUCGAUAUAUACCAGAAGCUGCUGUGGUCGACCCAGCUGUCCAUCACGACCAAGGAGUACCUCCUGUUGUCUCUGGCCAAACUCUCCACUAGGUUCACCACGCAGCCCAGCCAAGAUAAAAUCCGUGUGAUAAUCGACACUUUCGGAUCGCACAUCCACAUCGAGUUGCAGCAGAGAGGCGUCGAGCUAUCGCAACUUUACAGACAAUACGCGCACCUGCGGCCGGCGUUGCUGGAGCGCAUGCCGGCGAUGGAGGCGCAGGGCGCGGGGGAGGGCGCUGGGGAGGGGGCGGGCGCGGGGGAGGGGGAGGGGGAGCGCGACGACAGCGACUGCGAGCCCGAGGCGCGCGCGCACGCCGGCGUCGCCAGCGUCGCCGACCAGGAUGCUCUGCUGGACCUGAUCAUCGGAUCUGAUACCCUGACGAAUGGUGACGUGGAACAUAAAACCGCCGCGCCCGCUUCCACCAACAACAACGCCUCAAGCAGCAAUAUUCUGGACCUUCUGAGCGGUCUGGACCUGAGCGCCACAGCCCCCCCCUCUGCGGCGCCGGAGUCGCUGACUCCCGUCAACAACAACCCCAGCUUGAUGGACGGCUUGGGGCUGUUCGCGGCGCAGUCGCAGCCCUCUGUCUGUUCGGUAGACGCAUUGAAGCUAACAGUACCAGCUUUCGAGAAGAACGGGCUCAGCAUCGUACUGGACGUGGAACGAAACACCUCCGACACCGUAACGCUCACGAUGCGGGCCUCGUCCACCAACACGCUGACGCUAGCGGACUUCCUGUUCCAAGCUGCUGUGCCCAGGGCUUUCCGCUUGGACAUGAUGUCUCCAUCAGGCACGGUGCUGCUGCCGCAGGGAGAGAUCACGCAGCUGCUCAAGAUCACCAACCCUACUAAGGCUCCACUGCGUCUGAGGAUCCGUGUAUCGUACACCAUGGACGGGCAACCCAUCCUGGAGCAGGCGGAGGUCAACGGCUUCCCGCCGGACCUGUUCCACUGACGGCGGCCCCCCCACAACUACACGCACGGUAUUUACUGCAACGUCAUUACCAAGUAUCAAGAUUGCUCGGUCGCAUCGUCUUAAUGUGCGUCUGUACUGGUGUGAACUAUGACUGUCCAUGUUGUACCACACACGGUAUUUAUUGCAACGUCGUUAUUAAGUAUCAAAACGGCUCGGUCGCAUCGUCUUAAGGUACGUUCAUGGGUGAAUUUUCGAGCACUUCAAAUCACAAAGAUGAAUCAUUUUACUAUCAGAAUUUAUAAAUCAUCUGAGCUGGAAGUAGUGUAAAAUGUAUGUGUAAUGUAAAAUUUUAUGAUGGUUUAAUUUUUUAUAUUUUACAGUAAUUGCUUAUUUUAAAGGAUGGUAAUGACGGCAGACUACAUGCUCGAAAAUUCACCACUCUGAUGCUAUCACCGACACCUGGCCAUUACAGGUAGAGCGGGGAUAGAAAACACAUUCUCUUGAUUGGUAUAAUACACCCAUUACAAUUGUCAAUACCGAUUGACAUGUAGAUGAAAAGAAAGUUUUUGACAAGAAAAUAUUUUAACUGCUUGUUUUGUUGACUGAAUUAAAGUGAUACAAAAAGGCCACCUGCGUAUUGGAAAGAUUAUGUUGCAAUACGUGCUGAUAAGUAUCAAAGCUAUUAACUAUUAUAUAAUGCAGAUUGCAUUAUACGAACUGUCAAAUAUAAUGAAAAAUCCGACCGACAACACAAACAUAGAAAACAUAUUUUUUUUAACUUUGUUACAUAAAUACUUGCCCUAGACCCACUGUCCAAGUACUAGUAGCAAUAACACACAAUGGCCCACAAUAUUUAUCGUAUUUACCCUUGUUAACAACAAAAGUGAUAAAUCGUGAUAUCUCGUCGGUAAAAGUAUCAAAAAUGUCAUGUCUGAUAUGAAAAUUUAAAAACAAAUUGUUUGACGGCUGUAUUUAAAUUGUAGGUGUAUUUAAUUUUACACUUGUACUAUGUAUUUAGUUUUACACUGCUCGUGUAUAAAAUCGAUAAGGCCUCACUACUUUUCUUUUAAUAAAAAAAAUUGCAUAUAGUGCAAGAAUAAAAUGUACUUUAUGAUAAAAUUAAAUUAUUGCAUUUUCAACAUUUAUGUUUUCUAGUAUAUGUCCAAUCCCACGCUAAAUGUAGCUUUCAUGUAUGUUAUAAGAGCGCUAAGACGGACCAAAAUACACAUAUACUGUAAAAAUAUUCAUAAAUUAUUUUCACAAUUUGUAGUUUGUACCUUAUUAUUCGGUAUUUUUAUUAGCGAAAAUUACACUUAUAAUUUAGAACAUAAAUUUGAAUUUCCCAUGAGCACACCACAUGUUUCGAGGAAUAGUUUGCAAUUUCGAAGACUGACAUGGAUACUCAUCCUUACCCAGCAAUAAUAAUCAGCCAGUAUUGGGUGAGGCCAACGGACUUGUCAACAUUCCAAUUUAUUGUUAAACUUAAGUUAAACAUUAAAACUUAGGGCCCAAUUAUGCGAUUGUAAUCUCUAUACCCGAAAAGUCUAUGUGAAAAUGGUGGCGAAUAAACGAUGUUUAUGUUAACUGUAAUAAAGUUUUUUAUUCAUUACCACCAAUUAAAAAACGCAUAAUUUCUCAGGUAUGGAGUCUGAUAUGGCUGACCAUAAAAAUAAAUAUUGUAAAUUUAAUAGUUGAUUUCGACGUAAUGUGCGAAUCUAUUCGGGUAAUAAGAGGUUGUGACUUAACAUUUCUUAAGAAAUUAUCUAGUAGCACCCCUAGAUCUACUUCUACCCAAAUCGAUUGUAAAUAACAUAGGAACUUAAGAAUGUUAUAAUUCCCCAAAGUGACUAUGUGUUUCCAUUUUAUAUAGCUGUUGCUAGAAAAACUACAAAUAUUGUAUCAAUGAGAUAGUUGGUUUGAAUUCAAAUAAAUGCUGAUAAUAUUAUAUGUAUUCAUCGGCCCACUAUUUUGACAAAUCUGUCCUAAAUUAUUUUAUUUUUAUGGUCAGUUGAAUCUAUAUUUUUUUUAAUUUAUCUUGACUUAACAGUGAACUCCACUUACCUGAUUUUAAGAAUCUAGGUAUUAUUCAGCCUAAUAGAUUGCCUUUAUUUACAGUUUGCGACACAAUAUAUGAUAUUUUUACCUAAUUUAACUAUGUUUCCUGUUAAUAAAUUGGAUAUUUAAUAUAAAUAGAAAUUCUUAGUCUUUUAUAAAUAUUCAAAUGUGGUUUUAAAAUCUGAAAACUCACUUAACAUGUCUAUAUUGUGUCGUCCAUGGCUUAUGUAAAUAAAAUGAGAUUGUGAAAUGAAAUGUAAUAUAUACAUGUAUAGUAUGAUGUAAAGGGGCUGUAAGGAAUGUACUUAAUAUGAAUAAAAUCACUAUGAUAACGUGUGAUAAGGCACUUAGUUAUACUUCGAGAGAUUUUUGUGGAAAUGUAAUCACGGUAUUUUUUUUUCACCUGUUACUGCAGUGUUUUAAUUUAAUUUUUCCGCGAACUGUUCUAUAUGAGUUUACCAGCUUGUUACACUUGAAUGGGUUACACCAGUCAACUUUGACGCAAACUUUAACCUGCGCGCCGCUUUGACUACUUUGCGUCUUGCACUGGUUAAGUCGACGUCAAAUUGGACUGGUGCAACGCACCACUAAUUGUUGCUUAUUAUUUGUAUCUUUAUAUGCGUAACUUAAAAUCGACGUCAAACUUAAAUGAUUUAAAAAGUUGAAUGGGUAAAGUAUCAGACAAAUUGAAGUGCAAAAUUCACGCUGCAGUCAAAUAAUAUCAAAUAUUAUUUUCUUGUACAUUGUUAAAUUAAUAAGCGCUGGAUUUUAACACUGUAGUAAUGGUAGGGGUCUUUGUACUAAUUUAUAUAACGAACCCGUUUUAUGUAAUUCUAGUUUGGUAUUAGAAUGUUAUUAUUCCCUAUGCAUUUGGUUAAGAGUAGUUAUAUGUGUAUGAGAAUAAUUGCUUACUCUUUGGGCAAUAUCAUAGUUUAAAAUGGACCCAUGAUUCUAUAUUUUACACGUGUACAUAUUUAUAUGAAUUGGUACGUACAUAUUAUUGAAAAAAAUUAGGAUUAUGCUCUUGAUAUCUCCCAAUUUUCGUAUUUUAGGACAUUUUAACACUUAGCAAUUAGUUUUUAUUUUUAUUUCGAUCUACUUAUUUAUGUUUAGGUUAUUAACCCGCACAUUACUAACUGCCGAAUUGUGGCAAUAGAAAGCAUAUAUUGCCGUGAUGGCCUCAAAAUCAACUGUUUACUUGCGGUAAACCAACUAGAGAUAAAAUUUUAUUGAUAUAUUGUGAGAAAUAUAUGAGAUUCCAAAGUUAUCUAAGGAAAGUUGGUAUUUCAUUAAUUUUAAAUGUGUAAUAUGUUAAAAUUGACACAUUUUGGCAGAUUAUUGUAUGUAGAGAUUAAUGUAAAUUUAGAUAUGAUAAUAAAAUUGAAAACACCCAUGGAAUAGUUAGACUCGCACGGCUCUGCAAAUUUUAUAGAAAUGUUAUGACCGCUGCCAGGUAUAAUCAUGAGCAAAAUAUAUAGUUUUAUUUUUCAUUGUAAUAAAGAGCUUUGCGAAGAUAUAUAUGGUAAUUUUGGUGCUUGUUUUAUUAUAUAAUAUCUGAUUAAAUAGAAGGCCCUCCACAACGUGAGAUUUAUGAUUUUGUGUAUAACUAAAGCUAUGUGAGAGAUGUACAUAAUGAUUAUAAUGGUUUUAUGUAAAUUGGUUAAUAAAUAUUUGAGAAUGUUUAUAUAAUCAA